CAUUUCACCGUCUACGCCGCCGAUCUUCCCGGCCUCGGCGACAGCGACCCGCCCGACGACGUGAACGACAUCUGGUCGGUGACGCAUUGCGUCGAGGCGGCGAUGAAGGAGCUGCUGCCGAAGGACCAGCCAUUCGCCAUCGCGGGCUUCUCGUUCGGCGGCAUGGUCUCCGGCCACAUCGCGACACUGUUCGAGGACCGCAUCCGCCGCAUCGCGCUGGUCGGCGCCGGCGGCCUGAAGGCCACGCGCAAGCCCGGCCCCAAGCUGCACAAGCUUCUGGCCGAGAUGCCGCCCGAGACACUGGCGGCCGAGGCGCGACGCAAUCUCGAGAUCCUGAUGCUGCACGAUCCGAAGAACGUCGACGGCAUCGCGAUCCACAUGCAGAUCCUGAACACGACGCGCGCCAAGACCCGCAGCCGCAUCAUGGGCCAAGCCUACAAGCUCAGCGAAGUGCUGCCCCGGGUAAAGACGCCGCUCACCGGCAUCUGGGGCGAGUUCGAUUCGACGACCUACCCGCACAUCCAGGAACGCAUCGACCUCUUCAAGGCGCUGCAGCCGGAUUUCGAGAUGAACGUGAUUCCCGGCGCGGGGCACUGGGUUGCGUACGAGGCGGCCGAUGCGUUCAAUGCGAAGCUGAUCGAGGUGUUGAAGGGUUAA